AUGGCAGGAGACCUCCCUUUGGCGCUACGGCGCACGCCUCGGAGGAGACAGCAGCAUGGGGCAGAGGAGGAUUACAGGACUCCCGCCGCGGCGUCACCACGUAAAUCCUCCCGGUUCACCGCUGCGCGGAAGUCGGUCACAAAGACAACGCCAAGGAAAGUGGGCAAUACCGCAAAGAGCAAGACCCGCGUCUCGGACGCUCCUUCUGCUGCUGGGACAGACGACACCAUAGACGACUCAAUCACGCUCGUCGACGACGCAGACGACAGCAUAACGGUCCUGGAAUUUGACAUCCCCAUCGCCUCGAAGGCAUCGGCAACAGGCCACACCACGCCGUCCGGGAUGGGCAAGAGAAAGAGGCGACCUUCUGUCACCUCGUCAUCACCUUCGGGCGGGAACUCGGCCAUCAAGAGGGCCCGCCGCCAGCAUGGCAGCGACAAAGGCAGCAGCAGCACCAACAACAGCGGCAACACCUCCAUAGUUCACGUGCUCCCCCUCCGCACUCAGAUCCUCGACGACCACAUCAAGCGGCGCAUCCGGCGCAACGGGCUCAGCGCAGAGAUGAACUCGGCGUACGGCGAGAAGCGCGUCCGCAGGAACAAGACGCUCGCGGAGCUGCGCCGCGCGCGUGAUGACCUGCGCUCGCGGGACGCCGAGAUCGAGCGCCUGCGGGAGCUGACUGCCAUCUUCGACGGCGGCGACCACGUCGAGGACGACCACGACGCGAGCCACGUGCAGGACCUCGAGCGGGAGCUCGCGCGCCUGAGGGAAGAGGUGAUGGCCCGGCAGCAUGAGGAUAUUCCGUCGUCGUCGCCGCCUGUCAGGGAUGAGGAUUGGGACUUGCCGGGCGGGAUGUCCGACCGCGACAGCGGAGACUUUGGUCACGGUUUCGAUGACGAGUUUGGUGACAGCUCGGUCGCGGAACUGGAGAGCGGCGGUACUCCUGUGCACAACCACCACCAAGCGCUGCCGGGGAGGAAGAAGCCUGCGGUGCUGCAUCUCCAUGGGCCGACACUCACGCCGCCUAGCACCAGCCCGGCCAAGCUGCCUUCGUCGCCUAUGCGGCAAAUCCACUCCGGCGGAAGCCCACUGGCGUCGACGAGGACGAGCUCGGGGUGCGAUGCUGGUGUGCAGGUCUGGAUGUCCGAUCCUGGCGUGGACGCACUCCAGGACGAUCUGAGCAAUCUGCGCUCUGAGAUGGCGAGCCUUAACGAGGCAUUCGUGGAAAGGGACUCGCUCCAGGCUCGCAUAAAGGAAAAGCUUGUGCAGCAUCAACUUCCUUCCUCAACUCCUUCCCACGACCACACCGGCGAGGACCAAGACGUCGAGCUUCAGCUGGACAUAAUUCUCCAGGACCUCACCGAGAAAACAACCCGCCUCGCCGAGCUGUCCUCACUCCUCUUCUCACCACCCACAAACUCAACCACCACCAACAUCGACGAGAAGGAAAUGACAGCCGAGCUGACCUCAGCCAUCCAAAGCGUCCAUCAAGCUCUGGAGGACCUCAACCCAGCCUCAGCCCUCCCACAGUCUACCAUCGACACCCUCGUCCUAGCCGCCUCGCGCCUCAGCGAGCUAGACACGAAGCUCAAACACCGCACCGCCGAGCUCGAAACCAGCCGCGAAGCAGAAGCCACCCUGCGCGCCCAGCUCUCUCACCGCGAGGUUGCCCUCGCCACCAAGGACGCCCGCGUGACAAACCUAGAGCGCGACGUCUCCCACCUCCACCUCACCAUCGAGUCCCUCCGGGACGAGGUCGCAGAGCUGCAGGACACCACGACCACGUUACACGCAGACCUCGACGGGGCGCGCGACAACGCGCUGCAGCAGGACGCGGCGGUGGCCGAGGCCGAGGCGCGGCUGGCGGACGCUCUGAAGCAGCUCGCCUCCCUAGGCGAACAGCUCACCGAGCGGGAGACGGCGCUGCGCGGUCGUGAAGGCGAGGUCGGCGCGUUGCGGGCGGAUGUGGGCCGGCUCGAGGCUGCGCUUGCUGAGGCGCGCGGGACGGUUGACGCGCUGCGCGAGAGCAAGAGGAAAGAGCACGAGGCUGCGAAGAACGCAGUUGGGGCGAUGCGGGCGCAGAUGUUGCGGGCGCUGGCUGUCGGGGAUGGGUUCCUUGGUGUUGAGGGGGGUGUUGUUGCGAAGGAGGAGGAGCGGGAGUGUGUUGUUGGGUCGGAGGAGGCGGCGAGGGGCCGGAGGGGGGAUAGUGGUCUUGGUUUGUCUGAAGAGGAAGAGGGACCGCAGAUUGUGUGA